AUGGUAGGCGCCGAUGGUGACACCGGGGUGGUGGACACCCUGGAGGCACGGCUGGAGGAUGCGAGGAGACGCCACGCGGCGAAUGAGUACGGAACUCUCGCGCUGGCGGUCGUUGAGGCUGGCAUCCGCUCGUUGUGGGCGACGGAGCACCCUUCUCGGCCAGCUUCUCCUCGACCGGUGAACACCGAGGGCGGCGUCGACGUGGGCGUCAACGCCGGUGGAGGCCAAGUCGGUAGCAGUGCGGGAGGCACAUCGCGGCAGAGAGGUGUGAUACACGCCGGUGAAGUCGGCGGCGUUCAGGCGCGAGGGAUGCAGUCGUCGGCGGCUGCAGGGACCUCGCAGGGCUACGUCGGAGGACGACGAAGUGGUGUGGCGUCGAUGUCGGCGACUCACGUGACCGCGGAAGGGAUUGCGCCGAGCUACGGCUACUUCAAAUUUCCGCCGGACAGGAUCCAGGUCACCCCCCCGCUGGUCGGUCGACCGGACAUUCUCACCUGGAAGGAGGCGAUCGAGCCUCAGCUGGAGAUGGCCGGGCUGAUCGGCUUCGCUCGUGGGACCGUGGCGACGCCGGAGGAAAACUACCCCGACUUGCGUGCGGAGUUUCGCGCCGUGCAGCUGCUGACCUUCAUGGUCAUCUCGCGGUGCUGCUCGCCGGGCGUGCAGAUCGCCUUGAAGUGGUGCAGGGAGCACCUUGACGCCGGGCACCAGGCGUGGCACUUCAUCGAGUCGACGUACCAGGUCACCGACGACCUGUACAUCGGCCAGCUCGAGGAGCAGAUGACGCACCUGCGGAUGGGCGAGCAGGAGACAGCGACGGACUACUGCAACCGGGCACGGCGACUUCUCGCCACCAUGAGGAUGGCCGGCGUGCAGUACUCCACGGCGUCGUAUGUCACGCACGUCCUGAAGGGGCUCCCGAGCAGCUACAACCUGCUGAAGCGGCUGUCGGUGGCGCCGAGCACACGGGCGACGCUCAACGAGGAUUCCCUCACCUCGUACAUCCUGCAGGACGAGGCGAUGCAGGAGGCCGAGAAGUCCACGGAGCUCCUGCUGCAGGCAAACUACGCCGCCCCGGCGAAGCAAGGUAGCCGACCAGGGCAGCGCGGCAAGCCCGGCAGCGGUGGUAGCGGAGGUGGGAAGCCGGCCAAGGACGCCGACAAGGGUAAGUCGGCGAAGGAAGGCGGUCGCGGAGGAGGAAGUCGGCGUCGGGAGUGCUGGAUCUGCCGCAGCCCCGACCACCUCUCCUUUGAGUGCCCCGACCGCAGCGAAUCCGACGACGACGACGCCAAGGGAGGCCGCGGGAGGUCGGCCAGCCGUCGUUCACGUCGAGGAAACCAGCCGCGCAAGGAGAAGCAGUCGAACAAGUCGACCUCGGCGAAGGACGCCGACUCCUCUGCUGGCGGCAAGGGGAGCGACGACAAGUCGGCGUCAUGCUCCCUGGUCGGCGUCGUGGAGCCGACCGUCUCACUAGCGCCGGAGGCCGGUGAGGAUUUCCAGGCGAUGGCAGCAGCGGUGCAGGCGAACCCGGCGGUGGUCCUGCUGGACAGCGGCUGCUCCCACCACCUGAUGGGGACGAAGGAGGUCUUCGUCGACAUGGGGCCGAGCGGCGACGUGAAGCACGUGCGCGGCUUCAAUGGGGCGCUGCAAGACGUCAAGGGCCGGGGCACGGUUGCGCUGCAAGGGGAGGCCGGGAAGCGGGUGCUCAUCCCCGACAUGCUGUACGUCCCCGGCGUCCACGCGAACCUGUUGUCGUCCGGCCAGCUGAAGGAGCACGGCGUGAAGCUGAAGGAGGACGGCGACGGCAUGCUGCUCGUCUCGGCGACGGGCGACGUGCUCGGUCGAGCAACGUACUCCGGCCGAGUUCUCUGCACCGACCUGCGUCCGUGCCCGGCGACGCCUGGAGCGGAGGAAGUGGCUCUCCGAGCAAUCGUCUCGGCGACGAAGGCGACGCCGGACAGGCUGCACGCGAGGCUCGCGCACGUCGGUAUGGACACCAUCCUGAGCUCGGCGAAGCACGAGGUAGCCACCGGGCUGGACCUCAAGUCGGCGUCCGGCGCUGCCUCGCCUUGCGUUUCGUGCGUCGGUGGGAAGCUGGCGCGGCACACCUUCCCCGACAAAGUCUCCGACAUCAAGGACGCCCUGGCCGUCGUGCACAUCGACCUGUGCGGGCCAUUUCGUGUGGCUGCCAAGGAUGGCAGCCUGUACUUCCUGCUGCUGAAGGACCGCAAGACCCGCUACGUGUGGGUGAAGCCGGUCGCAAGGAAGUCGGACGUGCUGCUGGAGUUCCAGAAGUGGCUGGUGCUGGUGGAGCGGCAGACGAAGAAGUCGGUGUUGCAGCUGCGCUCUGACCGAGGAGGGGAGUUCCUCGGCAAGGAGUCCACCGCCUUUAUGGAUGGAAAGGGGAUCGUCCACGACCUGACCUGCCCUUACACCCCGCAGCAGAACGGCAUGGCGGAGCGGGAGAUGCGGACGGUGGUGGAGUCGGUGCGGACGAUGCUGCUGCACAUGGAGCGGUCGGCUACGCCGGGCACGAAGCCCGACUUGUCGCUGGCACGCGUGUGGGGCUGCAUGGCGCAGUUCCUGGUCCCCGAGCAGCAGCGUGGUGGGAAGCUGAAGCCGAAGGCCAAGUGGGGUCUUCACCUCGGUGUGUCGGAGGCGAGCAAGGGCUGGGAGCUCCUCGACAUCGCCGACAACCGGGUGGUCACCACGUCGGACGUGGUGUUCUACGAGACCAUGUCGCUCGAGGUGUGGAAGUCGGAGCAUGGGCCGGUGUCGGGGCGGACGCUGGUGGCCACGCCGACGGAUACCUCGACGGCAACGCUCCCUCUGCUUGCCGAGGUCGGUGAGCUUGCUGAUGAGGACGCCGAGCUCGUCGAGCUUUCCACUCCUUCUCCUGCUCCUCCCCUUGUCUCCGACCUGUGUGGCCUGACUCCGCCGUCGGCCUCCGGCGAUGAGGGGAGCAGUGGGGCGUCGCCUGUGGCGCCGAUCAAGAGCAUCGCCGGAGGCCGACGUGAUGUCCCGCAAGUCGGCCUGGAAGUGAAGUCGACAGAAGGGACGCCGGGGAAGCAGCAGGCUGAGCAGGCAGCAGCGCGGCCGACCAAGAAGCAGUCGGCGACGUGGCAGUCGGCAGGGGAGCGUCCCGCAAGUGAGACCUCUGUCGGGACGCCGACCGAGGUGCAGCAGGGCGAGCCGACCAAGGUGAAGCAGGACGCCGAGGCCAGUGACGCCAGCGAAGCUGAAGGGGAGCGGUCGGACGCCGGGCAGGACGAUAUGGAGGGUGACCCCGGGCAGCCUGCAUUGCGGCGUUCAGGACGAGUCCGGAGGCCGCCGGAGCGGCUAACCUACCAUGUCUGCCUCCCACCGGCUGCCUUCACCACGGUGUACAACGUCGAAGACGACACCGAUAUCCUGUACGACGACGCCGAGGAAGAUGAGGACUUCCCAGAGCUCGACCCCGACAUGCACGCCGACCCCGAACACCGCUGGGACAUCGCGACGAUGACGGUGAAGGAGGCGCUGGCGAGCUGGAAGGGCCCGGCGGUGAAGGCCGCCAUGGAGGAGGAGAUCCGCAGCCUCAUCAGCAUGGGCACGUGGGAGCUGGUCGAACGCCCGCCGGGAGUGAACGUGAUGAAGAACCGGUGGGUGCUGACGACGAAGUACAACAUCGACGACACCGUCGAGCGUGAGAAGGCACGGCUGGUCGUGAAGGGUUUCACGCAGGUGUACGGCGCCGACUACGACGAGACGUUUGCGCCGGUGGGCAGCUACGUCACGCUGAGGAUCUUCCUCAGCAUCGUCGCCGUGCUCAACCUCAACCUGAUGCAGCUCGACAUGAAGAACGCCUUCCUGCAGAGCAAGCUCGACCGGGUGCUGUACAUGUCGCAGCCGGACUACUUCAACGACGGGACCGGCCGGGUGUGCAAGCUGCUGAAGAGCCUGUACGGGCUGAAGCAGUCGCCGCUGCUGUGGUACUUGGCGCUCAACGACGUGCUGGUCGGCGCCGGGUGGAAGAAGAGCCAGGUCGACGAGGCUCUGUACUUCAAGGUCGGCGACGACGGAGUGGCCUGCUGGGUGCUGGUCUACGUCGACGACCUGCUGGCCGCCAGCAGCAGCGCCGCGAUGCUGAAGGAGCUGAAGGAGCUGCUGGAAGCCGCCUUCGAGCUGCGCGAGAUCUCGCCGGUGCAGAAGUACCUCGGGCUGGAGAUCGUACGCGACAGGUCGGCGGGGAAGCUGUGGCUGCACCAGCAGGGCUACGCCGACAAGCUGCGUAGGCGCUUCAUCGACGAGGAGCAGACCGGGCGCACUCCGAAGACGCCGGUCUCGGUCGACGCCUACGCCGAGCUCACCUUCGAUGACGAGAAGGUGCACGAACGCCAGGAGGAGGAGUACCGGCAGAAGGUCGGCUCGCUGCAGUUCGCGGCAACGACGACGAGGCCGGACAUCGCCUUCGCCUGCAGCAAGCUGGGGAGCGGCCUCACGGUGAGGAGCGACCAGCACUGGCGCGAGGUCGAACGCUGCCUCGCCUACCUCGCCAACACGCGCGACACCGCCCUGGAGUUCGGCGGUGGACCUGAGUCGCUGGAGCUGGUCGGCUACGUGGACGCCGACGACGCCGGCGACAAGCAGAGCAGGACGAGCACGGGCGGCUACGUGUUCGUCUACGGAGGGGCCGCGGUCUCCUGGUCGAGCCAGCGCAUCAAGUGCGCGACGCUCUCGUCGACCGAGUCGGAGUACGUGGCGGCCGUCGAAGCCGGCAAGGAGGGACGCCGACUCCGCUUCCUCCUGGCAGAGUUCCGGCAGCUGGACGCCGGGAAGCCGACUGUCCUGAGGGUGGACAACAAGUCGGCCAUCAUGGUCGCCGAGGGCAUGGGGUUGACGGGCAACCUCAAGCACAUGGAGCGGCGACAGGCCUGGCUGCAGCACAUGGUGAAGCGGGGGAAGUUUGCGCUGCAGUACAUCCCGACCGCUGAGCAGCCGGCCGACUUCCUGACGAAGGCGCUGCAUUACCCAGCCUUCAACCGGUGCUCCGUCGCAGUCGGCCAGGUGCGCCUGGCUGAAGUCGGCGACGGUGACAACGACGUGCAGCAGUAG